AUGGCUGUCCAGUCAAAACCCGUCCAGCAGCUCACACCGUUCGGCUUAGCACUCGCUGGGGCCCUCGGUGGAUGCUUCAGCACUGCGGUCGUCUAUCCUCUAGAUGUUGCCAAAACACGUAUUCAGGCCCUACCAGCGGACGCGAAAGGAAAGAACAAGGAUGACCUCUCCAUGUUCUCCGUACUGCUACGGGUAUACAAGCUGGAGGGCGUCGGUGGACUGUAUCGAGGGUUUUGGGCUACCAUGCUCAACACAUUCUCAAUGCAAUACGCCUACUUCUUCUUCUACUCCCUCGUCCGCUCGUCGUACAUCAAGCGGCUAGCGAAGAAGCUUCCCCCGGGCUCCAAGCCUCCCCCUCUCUCGACAGCUGCCGAGCUGCUUCUUGGUGCCGUGGCUGGAGCCCUAGCACAGAUAUUCACUAUCCCGGUCUCCGUCAUCGCCACGCGUCAGCAAGUCGGGCGACCGCAAAAGAAAGUCAACGGUGUGGUUCCUGUCGAGAGCCAGUACAGUGAUGACUCGUUCAUGGGUGUCGCUCGCGAAAUCAUCGAGGAGGAAGGCGUCACCGGUCUCUGGCUCGGGCUCAAACCCGGACUUGUCCUAACCGUCAACCCGGCGAUCACAUACGGUGCCUUCGAGCGGGUAAAGAGUCUAGUGCUCAUCGCUCGCGGCGGUGCAGCGACCAAGAUGGGCCCAUGGCUAUCUUUCCUUGUCGGUGCCCUGAGCAAGACGCUUGCUACGGUUGUCACGUAUCCGUACAUCAUGGCGAAAGUGAGGAUCCAAGCUCGUAGCGCAGAUGCUGAGACGGCGAAGGAGCUACACGAGGAGCUCCCGCACCCUCACGAGUUCCAUCAUAAACACGGAAAGCAUCCCGGGGCCCUGGAUAUCCUUAUCCGUGUCUGGAAGCGGGAAGGCUUUACAGGCUGGUACCAGGGAAUGGCGGCGCAAAUCACAAAGGCCGUCAUCUCGCAAGCGUUGUUGUUCACGUCGAAAGAGCAAUUCGAGCACUGGACUCUUGCUCUCCUGAUUCUUGCUGCUCGAUUUAGGUCGCGCCAGCUUCAAUGA